CCCAAUCCGAAUUAUUCACCAAAAGCAGGCGGAGACGGCAAGACGUCGCAAGGAGAAUUCGCAAAUAAGUCCCAGAAGAAACGCUAAUUUGUGCGAAUUUGUCAACUGAGGAGCCCAAGGAAUCUUCCAGCUGCAUAAUGGACUACAAACCCGUGCCCACGGUUAAGGACGCAGCUCCCUUCGACGCCUCCCAGGAUGCUCAGGUGCUGCGGGCGGCGAUGAAGGGAUUCGGCACCGACGAGCAGGAGAUCAUCGACGUUCUCGUCGGCAGGAGCAACCAGCAGAGGCAGACGAUCAAGGCGGUUUACGAGGCGGAGUUUGAGCGCGAUCUGGUGGACGAUCUGAAGGAUGAGCUGGGGGGCAAAUUCGAGGACGUGAUCGUGGGACUGAUGAUGCCUCCGGUGGAGUACCUGUGCAAGCAACUGCACGCCUCCAUGGCAGGCAUCGGAACCGAGGAGGCAACGCUCGUCGAGAUCCUGUGCACCAAAACCAACGAGGAGAUGGCCCAAAUCGUGGCCGUCUACGAGGAGCGCUACCAGCGCCCGCUGGCCGAGCAGAUGUGCAGCGAGACCUCCGGCUUCUUCCGCCGCCUGCUCACUCUGAUCGUGACCGGAGUCCGCGACGGACUGGACACGCCCGUCGACGCCGCCCAGGCCAAGGAGCAGGCCGCCCAGCUCUACUCCGCCGGCGAGGCCAAGCUGGGAACGGACGAGGAGGUCUUCAACCGGAUCAUGUCGCACGCUAGCUUCCCGCAGCUGCGACUCGUCUUCGAGGAGUACAAGGAGCUCUCCGGGCAAACCAUCGAGCAGGCCAUCAAGCACGAGAUGUCCGACGAGCUGCACGAGGCCAUGAUGGCCAUAGUUGAGUGCGUCCAGUCACCGGCGGCCUUCUUCGCCAAUCGCCUGUACAAGGCCAUGAAUGGUGCCGGCACCGAUGACGCCACGCUCAUCCGCAUCAUUGUCAGCCGCUCGGAGAUCGACCUGGAGACCAUUAAGCAGGAGUUCGAGCGGAUCUACAACCGUACGCUGCACAGCGCCGUGGAGGACGCGGAGACUUCUGGUGACUACAAGCGGGCCCUGACUGCUCUACUUGGAUCCGCUUAGAUGCGAGGAUGUGGCAGCUGGUCCGUCCCAUAUUGUAUUCGUGUUAAUAGCAUUACUCGUAGUGUGCCUUUUAGGAAAAUCGCUUUUAAUGUCGUCUGCGCAUGCGCACACUGUUGGCAAUAAAUAAACGCAUAUAGCAGCAGUUAUAAUCUA